AUGUUCAACCAAUAGGAUCUGAAUAUUAUCGGGCGGACUUAGCCACUGCCAAUGAAAAUUUGCUGCAAUGGGGGCUUGAUUGGCAUAAAUUUAGCAUAAGUAGAGGUGUGUGAGGGAAUACGGAUGUAUUGUGUUCUGUGCUAGUUGUGUCGCUAUGCCUGAACCUGCGAAGUCAGCGCCCAAGAAGGGCUCGAAGAAAGCUGUGACGAAGACGGCAGGCAAAGGAGGAAAGAAACGCAGAAAGUCCAGAAAGGAGAGCUACGCUAUCUACGUGUACAAGGUGCUGAAGCAGGUCCAUCCCGACACCGGCAUCUCUUCCAAGGCUAUGGGCAUCAUGAACUCGUUCGUGAACGACAUUUUCGAGCGCAUCGCUGGUGAGGCUUCUCGUUUGGCUCAUUACAACAAGCGUUCGACCAUCACUUCCCGAGAGAUUCAGACCGCUGUGCGUCUCUUGUUGCCCGGAGAACUUGCCAAGCAUGCGGUGUCCGAGGGCACCAAGGCUGUCACCAAGUACACGAGCUCCAACCCAGGACCCCCCAGAAGUGCCCAGCGAAGAAGACGACCAUACUACACUGGCCUGGACAACCACUCUCUUACCUCAGUACCCACCGCUGAUCCCAGCUGCUCCGCAAGCGCCACCAGACGAAGGCUGGGCUUCCACGCUGCCCCCCCUCAACACCGCUUCUGCCCACACCACCCCGGCAUAGGUCGGCUUGCGCUGCAGGCAGCUGCAGGAAAGAUUAUCUUCCCUCCCACAGUAGGUACAGUGGCAGGGGCCUACGCAGUCUUUGACCAGGUGGCUGAUCUCCAAACAUCGCUGGCACUUCAUCGUCUUGCAAGACCUUACAGUAUGUCCCUGACCAAGACACAAAUGGUAGGAGAAAGACUGACCAUGAUGAAAUAGGUAGCCUCUUGCCUUGCCCAAGGGAAAACACGCAGGCAGGUGUCUAUAACCAUACAUCCCUGCAGGGUCAGGAUGCAGGUAAACUUAAAAGCGUCUCCGUCCAGUCCAGAAGAUCCUGGUCUUCCUCGUGUUCGGGGAAGACGUCAGCAAAGUACCCCAGGAAAGCUGCCAUGACAUCCGCCGACACGAAGGGGUCGAAGACGUGGACAGUCACAACUCUUCUGUUCUCCCGAAUGGUUCAGUGGAGCAGGAGGAGCAGCUUGGAAUGCAUUGCACUCACCCUACAUGUCUCUAAUACUCUCCGAUAAUGUUCAUUGGUCACCAACAUGACGUCAAAAAAAUAACAGGCUGUUUUUCUGGAUACAGACAAUGUCCUCUGUUGGAAAUCCCAGGAAUCCAAAAAAAUCUCACAAACAAAAGGAAUGUGCUUAUGAAAUUUAAAGUCAUCCUGGUUCCUCCAGCAGAAGAGGAUGGUAUUCUUCAAAGACUGCGUCCUUUCAGCCACCAUCCUCACUGCCAGUGAUGGUCUCGCCUCCUCCUCAGAGACUGCCUGCAUCUUCAAGGAUAACCCUAUUCUGGGGUAUCUGGUAUAAACAAUUCAAAAUUAAAUUAAAUCUCUGUGCCACUCUGCGGGGAUGGCAGACAAGCCACCCAAAACCCUGCACCUCAGGCUUGGCAGGCUCCCCAAAAAAAACAAAAUGAACACUUGCAAGGAAGCAGAGCUUCACCCCAGGAAAGCUGGGGAUAUGCCACGUUAUAUUAGGCUCUACUCUGCCCCCACGAAAGUUUUAGUACUGCAGUUUGAGUUAAGAAAAAAAGCCAAGAAACAACAGCUAAUAAAGUUAAACAAACAAUGGA